AAACAAAAUCCAUUUUUAAAAGAUUAUAGUGUCGUACACAAUCACAAUUUCCAUCGUCAGCAAAACCAAAAUCGUGAGGCCUAUAAUUUCCCUUCAUCUCCAAAAUCAUUUCUCCUCAAAUUUCUUCUUUAGAAGAUUAAAAAUCUUCUCUCUAAUCUCUCCACUCUUUCAUAAAUAUUUUCCUAAUUCUUCUACCUUGGUGUCUGAUUCUAGCACCAAACCAUUUUCUCCUACCAAAAUCUGGGUUUCGAUCAAUUUUAGGUCUUUUGAUUCCUACUUGUCUAAUCGUGUAAGUUCUGAAUCAAAACAGUCAAAUUUCAUUUCUUCAAUCAGAAUCCAUUUUCUGGGUCAAACCAAUUUCGAUCAAAAUCAAUUGGUUUUGAAUCAAUUUUAGAUCUUUUGAUUCCUACUUGUCUUAAUCACUUGAAUCCAAGUUUUGUCUCUUUUUAAGGUUGUAAUAAAAUUGGUUUUUGUAAUAAAAUCAAUUGGGUUUGGAUCAAUUUUAGAGCUUUUUGAUUCCUACUUGUGUAUAAUCUUGUAAUUUUUGAAUCAAAGUUCAAAGUCUUUUUUUCAAACAGUAAAAUUUCGUUUUUUAAUCAAUUUCAUCAGAAUCCAAUUUCUGGGUCAACUUUCGAUCAAAAUCAACUGGGCUUGAAUCAAUUUUAGGUUUUUCGAUUCCUACUUGUCUAAUCAGUUGAAUCAAAGUUCGUCUCUUUUAAGCUUGCAAUUUCAAAGAUGACAGUUGUUGGAGAUGUUGCUCCAAUUCCAAGGAGGAACAGUUCUACUUGCUCUAAUGAUAUCGCUGCUCCGUUAUUACCAGAGUGUCAUGGAGAUGAAGUUGCUCAUGAUGAAUUCAAUGGAGCUUCUUUUAGUGGCGCGGUUUUUAACCUCGCCACGACUAUAAUUGGUGCUGGUAUCAUGGCUUUGCCUGCUACAAUGAAGAUUCUUGGACUUGGACUUGGAAUCACGAUGAUUGUUGUUAUGGCUUUCUUGACUGAUGCGUCGAUUGAGUUCUUGCUUAGGUUUAGUAAAGCUGGGAAGAAUCGAUCUUACGGUGGUUUAAUGGGUGGUUCUUUUGGUAAUCCUGGAAGGAUUUUGCUUCAAGUCGCGGUUUUAGUUAAUAACAUCGGUGUUUUGAUUGUAUACAUGAUCAUUAUAGGUGAUGUGUUGGCUGGAAAGACGGAAGAUGGUAUCCAUCAUUUCGGUGUUCUCGAAGGAUGGUUUGGUCACCAUUGGUGGAAUGGAAGAGCUGCUAUUCUUCUGAUUACUACUCUUGGUGUGUUUGCUCCAUUGGCUUGCUUCAAGCGAAUCGAUUCUUUGAAAUUUACAUCGGCCUUAUCCGUGGCUCUGGCGGUUGUGUUUCUCAUUAUUACUGCGGGAAUUUCAAUUAUGAAGUUGAUCAGUGGCGGUGUGGCGAUGCCAAGAUUGUUACCAGAUGUUACUGACUUAACAUCUUUCUGGAAUCUCUUCACAGUCGUACCUGUUCUUGUCACAGCAUUCAUUUGCCAUUACAAUGUUCACAGUAUACAGAACGAGCUCGAAGACCCCUCUCAGAUAAGACCUGUUGUUCGAUCAGCACUUAUGCUCUGCUCAUCUGUUUACAUAAUGACAAGUAUUUUCGGGUUCCUCUUGUUUGGUGAUGAUACUCUUGAUGAUGUCCUUGCAAACUUUGACACUGAUCUUGGAAUCCCUUUUGGUUCUAUCCUUAAUGAUGCGGUUCGAGUUAGCUACGCGCUUCAUUUGAUGCUCGUGUUCCCGAUUGUUUUCUACCCUCUUCGGAUUAACAUUGACGGGCUCUUGUUCCCUUCCGCUCGAUCAUUAUCUACCUCAAAUGUGAGGUUCGGUUGCCUCACUGCCGGUCUCAUCUCUGUAAUCUUCUUGGGUGCAAACUUCAUCCCAAGCAUUUGGGAUGCUUUCCAAUUCACUGGAGCAACCGCCGCUGUUUGUCUCGGCUUCAUCUUCCCAGCUUCUAUCAUACUAAAGGAUCGUCAUGACAAAGCAACAAACAGGGACACAACCUUAGCUAUUUUCAUGAUUGUUCUUGCGGUAUUGUCCAAUGCAAUCGCCAUUUACAGCGAUGCUUAUGCGCUAUUCAAGAAGAACGCUCCUCGUGAGUAAAUCCCGGUAUGAGAAAAUGUGCAGUUUGGUGUUUAGCUUUUGCUUUUUCUUCUAUGUGAAAUCAAAUAAUGAAGAAGACAAGACUUCUCUUCUCUUAUAUGUUUGUACUUUUGUCGUUGAGUGUUCUAAGCGGACUUUUGCUUCGGUGUUAUAUACCACCAUGAGUGUUGUUUGUAAAAAAACUCUGUAUAAAAAUUGUAAUGCAGAUACAUAUUUUGCCUUUUCAUGACUCUUAGCUAUUGCUUCAUAUCUAUAUACAUAUUUGGUUUUAAGAG